UAAUGCGGCACAGGGUAUAUUUUCUUGUGUCGGUCGGUAAAGGUGAUUCAGUGUCAUUCAAAAAUUGCAGUGACGUUUAAGGUUGUUUUGUUGAAGGUAUACAAAAUCAUCCGUAGUUAUGGCUUCUGGUGUCGCUGUCCAUGAUGAUGUUGUUGAAGAAUUCCAAAAGAUCAAGAUCGGCCACAAAUAUAAAUAUUUGAUUUUCAAAAUUGCUGAUAGCCUCAAAGAGAUUGUUGUUCAUCAUAAAGAAAGUGAUAAAGAUUGCACGUACGAAUCAUUCAAAAGUAACCUUCCAGCAGAUGAGUGUCGUUAUGCAGUGUAUGAUAUGAAUUAUACAUUGCCAGACGGAGGUGAACGUAACAAAUUAGUUUUCUAUGUCUGGUGUCCAGAUACUGCAAAAAUCAAGCAGAAAAUGUUGUAUGCAAGCAGCAGAGAUGCACUUCGUAAAAAGUUAGUUGGUGUCGGAUGUGAAGUUCAAGCUACUGAUGAUGGUGAACUGGAUUUUGAGGAUAUCAAAGACAAGGUUUCAAGAGGCGGUGUUGCUUAAUUGACUUUUAAUGUAUUGCCAAAUGAUGUGCUUCAUAUAACAGUUUCAAUGUUCAGAAAUGAACAAAUCAGAACUCCAAGAAGCUAGUUUAUUGUGUAUUUUUUUCUUAUUCCUGUCCAGAAAAUUUUGUCUUGGUAGUGUAAAAUUAUCGUGAAUAGCUACGUGUACGUUAAUAUACCCAGUGCUUUCAUGGAACACAUCAGUAGUAUCAGCAGUAUGGUUUUAUCAAUUGUUUUUGAGUAUGUACAAGGUGAAUAUAACAAUUUCGGGGGGGGGGGAUAUAUAUAUAUUCAAUUCUGAGGGUCUUAUCAGCAUUUACCUUUGAAUUUUAAGCUUCUAUAGACUCAUUGGAAUCUAAUUUUAGUAGUAUGCAAUUCCAAUGAAUCCAUUGUUGCUAUCAUAGUAUCUGCUCUAAGGUCUUGUCAUUACCUCGUCAUUUAUUUUUCAACAGUUGAAUGUUUGGCAAGUUCUAAUUUUGGAUUUCGAUAUCCUGUCUCUUUGAGUAUUGCUCGAAUCCUGUAUUGGCAAGGUAAAGCAUUGUAUUUGGUACGUAGUAAACAAGCCUUUUCUAUAAGUUGUGAAGAGUAUACACCAACUUUGUUGUACUAAAUGUUCUUAUUUUGGAGAAUUUGCUUCUGUGCUGGCUGAAGCACAAUUCUCUAAAUAGAAUGUUUUGGAUCUCUGACAUUGCAUGCGUGCAGUCUAUUCAAAUAUAAGCAUGAAUUAAACGGGCAGAAAUAGAUUAGAUUUUCAUCUGAGAAAAAAGUGAGAUUUUGUUGGUUUCACAAUAUCCAAUUCUGUGAUAAAUGAAUAAAUACAUUGGUGCCUUGGAGUCAGACAAGUAUCAUUAAGGCCAUAUUGCUAUCUGUAUAUUGCAUCAUGGAUAAUAAAGACAUCAGAUUUACAUUAA